GACAACCUUAAAUUCGAUUUUUCCGACAACCUCCUCAACUCCGUCCUUAUAAAACUCAAACUUCAUCCAAACGCAUCGCUACAUUUCUUCAAAUUAGCUUUACGGAAACAGUAUUUCAAACCCCAUGUACAAUCUUACUGCAGAAUGGUACAUAUAUUGACGAAAGCAAGAAUGUUCGAUGAAGCUCGGUUUUAUUUAUCCGAGGUUCUGGAACUUUCUAGAAAUAAGAAAUCCGUUUCGUUUUUAUGGGAUGAAUUGACGGCAGUAUAUAGAGAGUUCAAGUUUUCGCCUACGGUUUUUGAUAUGGUGUUGAGGAUUUAUGCGAAAAAAGGGUUGGUCAAGAAUGCAUUGUAUGUGUUUGAUGAAAUGCUUAAAUGGGGUCGUGUGCCUAGUUUGGGUUCUUGUAAUAGUUUGUUGAAUAGUUUGGUUAAAAAAGGUGAUUUUUUUACUGUUUUUUGUGUAUAUGAUGAGAUGAUAAAGAUGGGUUUUUGUCCUGAUGUGUAUACUUGUAGUAUAAUGGUUAAUGCGUAUUGUAAGGACGGGAAAGUUGAUAAAGCUGAGAUUUUUGUUGAAGAAAUGGAGAAGAUGGGGUUGGAGUUGAGUAAUGUUAUUUAUCAUAGUUUGAUUAAUGGGUAUGUGGAGAAGAAGGAUCUUAAGGGUGUCGAAAGAGUGUUGAGGGUGAUAGAUGAAAGAGGAAUUUCAAGAAAUGUAGUUACGUUUACGUUGUUGAUUAAGGGUUAUUGUAGGUUGUGUAAGAUGGAGGAAGCAGAAAAAGUGUUUAGGGAAAUGAAGGAAGUGGAUGAGCAGGCGUAUGGUGUGUUAGUUGACGGGUUUUGUCAGAUGGGGAAAAUGAAUGAUGCUGUUAGGAUUCGGGGUGAAAUGCUAAAUUCAGGGUUUAAUAUGAACCUGUUUGUCUGUAAUUCUUUGAUAAAUGGGUACUGCAAAGCUGGUAAAAUAAGCAAUGCCGAACAGAUUGUCAGGAGUAUGAUCGACUGGAAUCUGAAACUUGAUUCUUAUAGCUAUCACACCCUUUUAGAUGGUUAUUGUAGGGAAGGACUGAUGCCAAAUGCAUUCAACCUCUGUGAUGAGAUGAUUCAGAAUGGUAUCAAUCCAACAGUUGUCACUUACAACACUCUACUAAAAGGAUUAUGUCGGGAAGGUGCCAUUGAUGAUGCUUUGCAUCUUUGGAAUUUGAUGCUUAAAAGAGGUGUUAUUCCUAAUGCAGUUGGAUAUGGUAUUCUCUUAGAUGCAUUUAUUAACAUGGGAGAAUUUGAAAAAGCUUUGGUCUUGUGGAAACACAUUCUAGCAAGAGGGCACCAUACCAAAAGCAGGAUUCUUUUAAAUACGAUGCUCAAAGGAUUCUGUAAGAUGGGGAAAAUGGUUGAAGCCGAGCUGUUUUUUAACACAAUGGAGGAGUUUGGCUGUUCCCCUGAUGGAAUAGCUUAUAGGACCCUAAGUGAUGGGUUUUGUAAAGCAGGAGACAUUGAAAAAGCUUUAAAAUUAAAGGAUGCCAUGGAACUCCAUAAUAUUCCUGUUACGGUUGAAAAUUUUAAUUGCCUUAUUAGUGGACUUAUAAAGGCUGGUAAGUUUAGCAAAGUCAAAGAUCUCCUUAGUGAAAUGCAUGACAGGGAAUUAACCCCUAACGUUCUUACAUAUGGAGCUCUUAUUGCUGGCUGGCUUAAAGAAGGAUUGCCCGAGAAAGCUUUUAAAGCAUAUUUGGAGAUGAGAGAGAAGGGAUUGAAUCCAAAUGUCAUAAUAGUUAGCUCUAUUAUUAGUGGAUUAUACAAACUUGGUAGAAUUGAUGAUGCUAAUAUGCUCCUUCAGAAAAUAGUGGAUGUAAACUUGUAUCCCGAACUGAAACAUAUUUACAGUUUUUCAAACUCUAAGACAGUACUGCCUGAUGCACAGAAAAUUGCAGAUUCCAUUGAUAGAAGUGUAACAAAAUG